AUGUACGUAGAAAUGUCGCUGAAUCCGUCUCAUGUCACCGUUGGCCUGAAUGGAGGUCUGACGUUCACCCCAGAAACCAUAACUGCCGAAGUCGGAGAUUUCGUGCAACUCUUUUUUGUUUCGAAAAACCACACGACAACUCAAUCGUCCUUUGACUCUCCCUGCUCUCCGUUGAUCGGAUCUGAUGGAGUCACACCCACGGGCUUUGAUUCGGGUUUAAACCCGUGCCACCAGGCGGCACACCCGUUGUUUUGGGCUUCCAAGUGUUCUCUACAGACCCUCGGUGGUUCUACUGCAAGCAAACCGGUCAUUGUCAAAAGGGCAUGGUCUUCGCGGUAAACCCACCAGCCACUGGGAACACGUUUGACCAGUUCAAGGCGCGAGCCAUCGGAACUACCACACCGACUACCACCUCGACUGCUACCUUAGCCUCUUCUACCUCACCAACAAUGCCUAGUAGCACCCCUGUUAUCCACCAGAUCACUGUUGGUGGGAACUCGAGCCUGACUUUCGAUCCCAGUAAUAUUGCCGCUCAGCCCAACGACAUCGUGCAAUUC